CUCGCGUCGGGGCCGCCCCGGGCUUUUGCAAGCGGCGCGGCGGGCCUGCGAGUUGGGGCUGCAGCAGCUUCCUCGACCUGCCUCUCGUGCUUGGCGGCCGUCUGGGUCAGGCCCGGCCCGCGCGGGGGGCAGGCGGCGGCUGCCUCAGGCGGAGGCGGAGGUGCGGCGGAGGGUGGGGGCCGCUGCCCUCGCAGGCGCCCGGGCCGGCCCGCGCCUUUGCACGGUGCUCCAUGCAUCCGGAGCCCGCCCCGCCCCCGAACAACAACAGCCCCGAGCUUCCCCUCAGCGGCGGCAGCACCACCAGCGGCAGCCGCCGGAGCCGCCGCCGUAGCGGGGACGGGGAGACCCCGGGGUCGCCGCCGCCGCCAGCCGCCGUCACCUACCCGGACUGGAUCGGCCAGAGUUACUCCGAGGUGAUGAGCCUCAACGAGCACUCGAUGCAGGCGCUGUCCUGGCGCAAGCUUUACUUGAGCCGUGCCAAGCUCAAAGCCUCUAGCCGGACCUCUGCUCUGCUCUCCGGCUUCGCCAUGGUGGCGAUGGUGGAGGUGCAGCUAGAUGCCGACCAUGACUACCCUCCCGGGCUGCUCAUCGCCUUUAGUGCAUGCACCACGGUGCUGGUGGCCGUGCACCUGUUUGCACUUAUGAUCAGCACCUGCAUCCUGCCCAACAUCGAGGCGGUGAGCAACGUGCAUAACCUCAACUCGGUCAAGGAGUCACCCCAUGAGCGCAUGCACCGCCACAUCGAGCUGGCCUGGGCCUUUUCCACGGUCAUCGGCACGCUGCUCUUCCUGGCUGAAGUGGUGCUGCUCUGCUGGGUCAAGUUCUUGCCUCUCAAGAAGCAGCCCGGGCAGCUGCGGCCCACCAGCAAGCCCCCGGCCAGCGAUGCAGUCGCCAACGUCAGCAGCACUGGUGGCAUCACUCCAGGCCAAGCCGCCGCCAUCGCCUCCACCACCAUCAUGGUCCCUUUUGGCCUGGUCUUCAUCGUCUUUGCCGUCCACUUCUACCGCUCAUUGGUCAGCCAUAAGACGGACCGACAGUUCCAGGAGCUCAACGAGCUGGCCGAGUUCGCCCGCUUGCAGGACCAGCUGGACCACAGAGGGGAUCACCCCCUGACGCCCGGCAGCCACUAUGCAUAAGCCCUUCUGGGCCUGGGCACUUCAGAUCUUUGGCCUUACGCCGCUCCCCACGACCUCGUCCUGCCCCAGCCUUAAGGACAGCCAGCUCCAGGGAUUGGGCUUUUGUCAGGGGGGCAGAGAGUGGAGGGAAGAGGCUUCUUCUUCUUUUUUUUUUUUUUUUUUUAAGAGAAAUGACUGCACUUUGAAACUUUCCUCUAAGAGAAUAAGCACUUCCUGUUCUUCCAGCUUUGGGUUUACCUCCUGUUAGGAGGCCGCCGGUGGGAGCCACAGUGGGGACAAAUGCUCCCUUUGUCCCUCCUCCUCCCCUGUGCCAGUGCCACUUGGAUGCUUCUUGUUUUUUCUGUCUUGAUCCCCCUCCCCAUUCAGUGUCGUGUGAGUGUGUGUGUGUGUGUGUGUGUGUGUCUGUAUACACAUAAAUAUACUCAUAAGGGACACCUCUUGUGUCUUUGUUGGGUCUGGACUGCCUGGUAUGAAUUCUGGCACCCCAGUCAGGUGAGCCUCUAAGUGAGAAAUUUUGUUAACAUUUUAUUUUGAAAAUUUAAAAACCUACAAAAAAGUUGCGAGAAUAGCAACUGAAAUACAUAUACAGUCAAUUCUUGUCAUUCAUAGCAGUUGUGUUCUACAAAGUCGUCAUGAACACUGAAUUAGUAUUGAACCAUUGCUCCUGUGGUUCCUAUGAGGCUCUGGUCACAAUAUUUUGUCAGCCGUUCAAUAGGUUAACCUUGUUUUAUGUGUUUCUGGGUUGUUUGUUUGUUUAAAGAUUUUUAUUUUUAAACAAUCUCUACACCCAACAUGGGGCUCGAAUUCACAACCCCGAGAUCAAGAAUUGCGUGCUUCACUGAUGGAGCCAGCCAGGCACCCUACUGCCUUCUUUUUAAAUAGCAAAAUCACCGGGGCACCUGGCUGCCUCCAUUGGUGGAGCGUGCAGCUCUUGAUCUUGGGGUUGUGAGUUCAAGCCCCACAUUGGCACAAAGCCUACUUAAAAUAAACAUUAAAAAAUUCCUAACAGUUUAUUAGUAGCAAAAUCGCCAACUAAAAGCACCGAAUGUGAACAACGUGGCACUAAAUAGACGACAUGAAAAGAACACUCGCUUAGGAAAGCUGAAACAAGAAGACAGAACAGUGCCUUUUGACCUCAGCAAGGAGGCAGGUGCCCAGAUGCUGAAACUGAAUGAUGGGGGUGAACUGUGUGUUUCUCCCCUGAGCCAUGUGCAUUAGUUACAGAUACCACCCUUCAUGCUUAGAUACUUCCUUCUAAAACCAAGGACAUUUCUCCUACAUAACCUCAAUUCAGUGAUCAAAUUCAGGAAAUUUGAUAUUGACACAGUACUGUUUAAUAACGACAUGUAUGUUGACUUCUC